GGAGCAGAGCUGGGUGGGGGUGAGAACAGAGAGGUGAUUGUAUAUGUAAGAAUGAGGCAACACUGGUAGAGAGGUAGAGGCAGGAGGGAAGGCAGAGAGAGAGGGGGAGACGCGUUCCCCGGGAUGGGAGGACUGGGAGAGGAGAAGAGAAGAGAAGAAAAACAGAAGAGGACAGAAAGAAGGAUGGAGCAGUGACACCGGGGUCAUGAGUCCAGACACAGAGGAUGGAGUGAGUGUCAGCACGGAGAAGUAGAAGAGAAGAGGAAAAGUUAGGUUUGGGAAAAAGUACGAGCAGUGAAAGGGUGGAGGCAAGAAAGAAUAUGGGGAGUUCAGCAGAGAGGUGUUUUUAGAGAGGAGGAGGUGGUGAGAGGUGGGUGGAGGGGGGACAAGCGUGUAUCCUUCCCUCUGUCCCUGCAGCGGCGUUGAAGCUGAGCCAGGAAAGGGGAAGGGCCUCCUUCUCCUCCUCUGUCCAGCUGACAAAAACAGCUGCCCGGGCCAGGAGCCACAGGCUGGAGCCCGAUCAGAGGAGGACGAGUGCACACAGAGGGACAGACAGACAGAAGAAGAGGAGGAGGGACGACAGAAGGAGAGUAAACAGAAGGAGGACGAGGAGGAGGACAUCCCCUCCUCGGCUGGGAGCCUGUCCACCUAUAUGGGUUGCGUCCUGAGCUCGGACUGGUGCGGGGAGGAAGAGGUGCAACCGGUGCCGGUGGUCAGGAGCUCGUCUAUGAAGAGAAGGAGCCUGGAGAGGAGUGACAGUGGCAGGAUGAGGCUCAUGAAGGCGGGGAAAGGAGAGCCCCACGUGUUCAAGGAGAAGACCUUCAAGAAGAAGCGUCAGUGCAGCGUGUGUCGACAGAGCGUGGACCACGUGGGCUCCUUCUGCAGAGUAUGCAAGACGGCCACCCACAGGAAGUGCGAGGUCAAGGUGACCUCUGCGUGCAUCCCGGUGCCUUCCAAUGAUCUGCAGCGUCGGGGGACGGCGCCUUCUCGACACACACAACACCUGGGAUCCACCAAGUCUCUGACCUACACCAAACAGAGAAGCACUCUGCCAAGGAGCUUCAGCGUGGACCGUGUGAUGGAGAGAGUGAUGGAGCGUCACUACGACUUCGACCUGACCUACAUCACCGAGAGGAUCAUCUCUGUCUUUUUCCCGCCGAAGCUGGAGGAGCAGCGAUACCGGCUCAACCUGAAAGAGGUGGCGGCCAUGCUCACGUCCAAACAUCAGGACAAGUUUCUGCUCCUGAAUCUCUCCGAGCGACGCCACGACAUCACCAAAAUAAAUCCAAAGGUUCAUGACUUCGGCUGGCCUGAUCUCCACGCCCCACCGCUGGAUAAGAUCUGUGCCAUAUGCAAGGCCAUGGAGACGUGGCUGAUCUCUGACCCCCAGCACGUGGUGGUCCUGCACUGCAAGGGCAACAAAGGGAAGACAGGAGUGAUUAUUGCGGCCUACAUGCACUACAGCAAGAUCUCAGCAGGGGCGGACCAGGCUCUCAGUACUCUUGCCAUGAGAAAGUUCUGUGAAGAUAAGGUGUCCUCGUCUCUCCAGCCGUCCCAAAACAGGUAUAUCUAUUAUUUUGGGGGUCUUCUGUCUGGAGCGAUCAAGAUGAACAGCAGUCCUCUGUUCCUGCACCAAGUUCUCAUCCCAUCACUGCCCAACUUCCAGGGUGAAGGAGGUUACCACCCCUUCUUGAAGAUCUACCAGGCCAUGCAGCUGGUCUACACGUCAGGCAUUUAUGACCUUCAAGGCACCGGGGGGAGGCGUCUGUGUGUGUCUGUGGAACCGGCGCUGCUGCUGAAGGGUGACAUCAUGGUGAAAUGCUACCACAGGAGAGUCCAGAGCGCCGACAGAGACACGGUGUUCCGGCUGCAGUUCCACACGUGCACCGUCCACGGAUCCCAGCUGUGGUUUGGCAAAGGCGAGCUGGACGAAGCUUGCAGCGAUGAGCGUUUCCCAUCUGACGCCACUGUCGAGUUUGUCUUCUCCUCUGGACCUGAGAGGGUCAAAGGUCGCGAGUACCUGAAGAACGACCCGGCUGUGACGGUGGACUACAAUACCGCUGACCCAGUGGUGCGCUGGGACUCCUACGAGAACUUCAAUCAGCGUUACCAGGACAGUCUGGAAGAUAUUGCCCACACCAGAGGUCCACUAGAUGGCAGUCUCUACGCUCAGAUUAAGAAGCGCCGUGGCGCCGGCUCAGGUUCUCUCAGCUCUACUAACGGCAGCAGCCCAGGAGCUGGCCUUUGUGAGGACAGGCACGAUCAUCUCAUCCCUCACGGUUCCGACUCCGCCCUUUCAGGCCAUUCCAUGCAUUUGAACCAAUCAUCAGUCCACUGUGACCGGCAGGAGGAGCUCGUCCGUCCCCCGCCUCCGACCAGACAGGAGCGGGAGGAGCUUGAACGUCUUCUUGGCGGCAUCGAGGGAAAUCGCGACGGAGAGCGAGAGACGGCGAUCCUGGAUGACGGAGAUUCUUUGCCCUCGGAGCGCAGUGGCACGCUGAGGCUUAGUCGCUCGUGUUCUUGCCGCGACGGCUACCGGUCCCAGCGCUGUGCAGAACCUGGCUGUGACCGCACCCUCCUCAUGCCGAACGGUUACUGCCUGGACCGGGCCCCCGGCACCAACGGGCACCAUGGGGCGACUCCUUCCGCCAGCCCAAACCAGACUGCUCCGCCGUCACACAUGGAUCUAUGCCAGCACUACCACCAGUCUCUUCCUCCUCCAGAUUUGGUGUGGGACCGACAGAGCGGCCCGCCGCACUACCUACACCGCUCCUGCUCGGAGGCUCCCUCUUCCCGACACAUGUGUCCAUACCCGUCACCGGAUCUCACCCCACUCUCUCAUCACCCUCUGUCUGCACCGGGUCGCCUCUGCUGUCGAGACGAUGAAUAUGGCCCCUUCCAUCACCCUCCUCCUCCUCAUAGCCACCACCAUCCCCACGCACACCGCCCAAAACCAUCCACCAGCCCCACCUAUCAUGACAUCAUGCUGAUGGACGGUCUGCCGGCCCCUGGCUGCCCUUGUCGGGACUGUGCAAUCAGGAGAGACGACUAUCACGGCAUGAGGUUGGACCGAGGAGACAGCUUUCACUGGGAUAGAGAGGUGGAGCUUCAGCAAAGGGAGGUGGAGCUUCGGAGAGUCAGGGACGCAGAGUUACCCAGAGGGUCAGAGGUCCACUGGGAGCGAGAUCCUGGACCGAGGCGAGGCAGAGAGCUGUCCCUGCACUGGGAGCACGACAGGGCGGCGGAGCUGCAGUGGGAGAGGGACAGAGAAGCCGAAUAUUGGCACAGGAGGGCCACCGUCGCCGCGUACGGCCCACAGGGUCACGACCUUCCGGCGUUCACUUUCGACCCGUUGCCGUCGGGUCACCCAGCGUAUCCAGAGGCGUCGAGGUCUCACGCUCACUCUCACCUGGAUCUGAAGUACAGCAGCAGCAGCAGCGGUUACCAGACGCCUCGGCAGGUCUGCCCUUGCUCGCCCUACCAGCCCUCGCCAUCUGAGAGCAGGGGCUACGCUUCGGGCUACCAGUCUGAGUCCACGUCCCCGCUGCCUCCGGCCUCCUCCAUGACGGGGCCCUGCGGCCACAGCAACGGGCCGGCGGAGCGAAACCAGAAUCACCAUCACCAUCCAGACUCGCAGCAGUCGUACAGCUCUGACUCACACACUGAUGGCCUUCGUAGCUCUGGUGAAAGUGUGGGCUGGAGGGAUCACAUCACCCACGGGUCAUUUAGGCGGGUCCACAGAGAUGCCCACGCCGCAUGCUCCACGCCAUCUGACAUGUCUGGACCGUCCACUCCUGUCCACACCAGCAGCCCUCUGCGCACAGAGGAAAGCCCCAGUCCCGGAGGAAGGGAGGACGAGAUUCGGACAACCGACAUCAUCGAUAGCAACUACGAGGCUUCCCAGCCGCAGGACAGACAAUAUCGAGCUGAUAACGUCGUCCAGAAAUCCUCGGAGAGCCAAAAAAGUAGCAGCACAGAGUCGUCGUCCGCCAAAGACAUGCAGUCGCACAGGACCACGACUGUUCAAACCGAAGCCCACAAUCACUGCACUGCACAGAUGAACCAGUGUCCUACAACACCCGUCCAGCAGCACCGUAGCCCGGACGUGCCCUUGGCUUCUUCAUUUGACUCUGUGACACCGUCCACAUCAAACCAGGGACACUGCCAGGCACCACCGUCUCCUGUUCGCGUCCCGCCUUCAGUUGACGCACACCCCCAACCUGGACCUCUCACACUUCAGACCUCACACCCUUCAGAGGCUGCGGCUCUGCCUUCCACUGUGGCACCGGCAGCGUCCCAGCCUCAGAGCCAGACCCCGACCCAGGCCCCUGGUUCUGAGAGAUCAUCCCCGACCAGGAAAGCUCUCCCCGAAAGUCCGAAACCCUCCAACAGCCUAGCCCCUCCCACCCUAGCUUCGCCAUCAUGUCAGCCAGCAUCCAGCAGCAUGGAGGGUUCCCCUGUCUCAGACGCCCCUGUCCCUGGUUUCGCCACCCUGGGUAGGAGGUUGAUGUUGAGUGGAUCUGACUCCCAACACCUGAACCAUUUCCAGCAUCAGGUGCCCCAACACCAUGCUUACCCAGCCAUGGAGCACAGUCCUGCUCUGGACAGGAGGCCCUGCUACUCUGGUCACACACCACAGCUUCACCCGUCUUCCUACUCCAACUACUCCACCAUCUCCAUCCCCCUGCCGCACCCACAACCUCCACUGCCGGAGAAGCGCCACCCGCCAGCCCAGGCGGUCUCGCCCAGUAACGGGACAGGGACUCUGAGGUCAGCUGAGGGCCAUGUGGCUCACUCUUCCUCCAGCUCCUCCCAGCAUCACCACCAUGUCACGUUCUCCCCUGAGGUGGGGGAAAUUGCGCUUCCUGCAGACCACAGCGUGGAGUCGGACAACACAAACAGGGUCAGUGUGAAGUUUGUCCAGGACAGUUCAAGGUUCUGGUACAAGCCUGGUAUCUCCAGAGAGCAAGCGAUUGCAGCACUGAAGGAGAGAGAGCCAGGAACUUUCCUGAUCAGGGACAGUAAUUCUUUCCAGGGAGCUUACGGCUUGGCCCUGAAGGUGGCGACGCCUCCUCCCAGUGUGAACAACCACAGCAGCAAAGUGAGUGAUCCUCUGGAACAGCUGGUCAGACACUUUCUCAUAGAAACGGGCCCUCGAGGAGUCAAGAUUAAAGGAUGCCAGAAUGAGCCCUACUUUGGGAGUCUGUCUGCCUUAGUCUACCAACACUCCAUCACACCCAUUUCUUUGCCGUGUGCUCUGAAGAUCACAGAAAAAGAUCUGAUGGGUGAAGUGCAGGAGCUUCAGCCAGUGAGUAACAUCAGCACGGCUGCUGACCUGCUCAAACAAGGAGCAGCCUGUAACGUCCUCUACCUGAACUCCGUGGAAACCGAGUCUCUGACCGGCCCCCAGGCAAUCGCCAAGGCGACGGGCGCCACGCUGGGUCGUAACCCUCGUCCCGCCGCCACCGUCGUCCAGUUCAAGGUGACGUCGCAGGGAAUCACACUCACUGACAGCCAACGAAGGGUUUUCUUCAGGAGACAUUACCCUGUGAGCAGCGUGACCUUCAGCAGCAUCGACCCUAAAGACAGGAGGUGGACUAACUCAGACAGCACCACUGUUAAGGUUUUCGGUUUCGUAGCGAAGAAGCCCGGCAGCCAGGCGGAGAACGUGUGCCACGUGUUUGCGGAGCUGGACCCCGAACAGCCAGCGUCCGCCAUCGUCAACUUCAUCAACAAGGUCAUGCUGUCGCAGCGCCGCUAGAGACUUUUGAAGGGGAGAGAGUAAAACGAAGAAGAGCGCAAAGGAUCCGCAAGGAGUUUGCUGGACAGUUCUAAAAUAUGUUAUUGUUUGGUGUAAAUACAUUCAUAUAAAGUCACAGGAUCCGUACUGAUGUUCAUUUUUCUGCUUUACACUCACUUUUUCCCAAAGGUCGUAAAUGAAAAUAUGAUGCUAUGAUUUUACAACUCCUCCAGGGACGAGGAGGACGCUUCGGAGGACAAACGUCAACGAUAAACCGUAGAUCAUCAUCUCUACUCUUAUCGGUUGUAAAGGUUCACACAUAAAUACAAUAAUGUCAUUCUCUGACUUCACAGCUACGUCAUAACUCGACCUCAUGAUUGAUAUUAAAAAUCUUUUGCUCUCUUUAAACAUAAAGGUAUGACGUAUUGACCUCCAUUUUACAUUUGUCCUUGUGGGGACACGAGAAAAAACUUUGACGAAAGACUGAAGUAACUUUUCACUCUCCCACACCAAAGUCCAUAGAGAAAAACAUCGCUUUUAGCUCACAGAGACACAGGAGCUGACUUGUUGGGGUAAGUUAUUGUCACUUAAACAAAAAAUAUAAAAUCAGACGAAAGAUUUAAAGACACAGAACGCACAAAAUAACAUGUUUCAACUUAACUGAUGGAGGCAGCAGUGGAUCAACAACUCCUGUGUCCUGUGAUUAAAAUGCUGUUUUAAAAUCACUCAUUUUCUCUAUGGGGUUUGGUGUGGGAGAGUGAGAGGUUUACGAUCCUCCAGCAGGAAAAGACUAUUCAGUGGUAAAUGAAGAAAAAGCAGCAAAUGUGUUAUUUAAGUGUAAAUUUGUGGUGUCCAGCAGAAAAAAAAACUGUCUAGUGUUUAAAAAAGUUGUUUUCAAUUGUUAAGAUUUUAUAGAUUUUAUUGAGCUGGUGUAGAUUUUACUAAGUGAGAAAUCCACAAUCUCUCCUGAACCAAAGCCCAUAGAGAAAAUUGUUGAUUUUACAUCACAGCAUGCAGGAGUUGUUGAUCCACUGCUGCCUCCAUAAUUACACUCAAAUGCAUUAUUUUGUGAUUUCAGUGUUUGAAAUACUUGGUUCUGAUUUAAUAUAAGUGACACAAACUUGGUAUAUGAGGCAGUAAAUAACUGCAGCUCCUGUGUUGCUGUGAGCUAAAAACACAGGUUUUCUCAAUGGAGUUUGGUGUGGGAGUGUGAUCACGUGUCAAUACCUCAUACACUUUAAAAAAACAACAAAAAACUAUGAACUAUGCCUAUAAGAAAAUUCCAUUUUGUGUAAAGGUUAAUAAGUGCCUGUUUUUAAAACGCAGGUGUUUAUGUUGUGACAGUGUUUUUAUAGUUUGUCUAUCUACAGAUGUUCAGGUCACACUAUUUACCACCAACCACACACACACACACACGCUUUUACUGUACAUACACUUUGUAAUCGGAGCGUGAGACAAUAACUGUCUCACAGAAGCAAACAGGAACGUGAGGUUUUUUGUAACUUUUGACGAGAAAACGUGCGAGGGGAGUUAUGCGUGUGUGCGUGUGCUGAUGUGGGUACUUCCUGUGGGCGGCCAUGUUGGAUGAAGGAAUUGUUACGUGCACUUUUUUAAAAAAAAUUAAAUAAAAUAAGAAAUGUAUGUGAAAACAAGGAAACAGACGAGCGACGACGUAUGAGCACGCCACUGCUGCGAAGAAACACUUAGAAUGCACGACAUCGGCAAACACUAGCGCCCUCUACAGCUGGUAUUGCGUUAUGUUUAUUUAUUAUUUUACAGUGAAUAAAUAUGAAUAUCAACAUCUGCUACGACAUACGUAUUCAGGGCAGGAAUCGUCCACCAAAGACACCGCACAAUACGAUAUUUAAGUCACAAUAAAGUGAAGGAGAGUGGAGUUUGUCAGCUGCACCAAAGUCCAUAGAGAAAAUGAGCAUUUUUUAGCUCACAGGGACACAGGAGCUGCUGGUCCACUGCUGCCUCGUGUGGUCACUCUGUGCCAAUGAGGUACAUUUCAAGGAAGAAUUUCCAUCAGUGCGUGAAAAUGACACAUUUUCACGCACUGAUGGAGGCAGCAGAGGAUCAACAACUCCUGCGUGCUGUGAUGUUAACAUCGAUGAGUUUCUCAAUGGAGUUUGGUGUGAGAGAUUCUGUCAAAACUAUGUACGAUAAUAUUGCAAAAAUAUUUUUGCAGUAUUUGCUAAAUCAUAUAUUGCAAUAUACUCACACAAAACAGCACUAGUGAGCGUGCGCACUCGGCGCCAUCUAGUGGUCGUUUUAAGCAAAAAUAUUGUGAUAUUUCACCCUAAUACGUACGCAAAAAUAUGUUUAUUUCACUACAAAGAGACUAAAUGACGUCUGCGGAGGAAGGCGAACAUCAGUCGCUAUCGACCAAAAAACUCCCGAUA